UCGGACGCAGGAUGAGGAAGUGGCGGCGGCGCGGCGACUCCGGGCGGACACGUUUGUGAGGAGCGGAGCGUCUGCGGGCUGGCACGCCACAACAAAUCGGCGACCACAACACCGCGGGCACAGACGCGGAGCCCGAGGCUCGGGGCCUUGGCGGCCGAUUGCUAUUUCUUUCUCUGUGUGCGAGAGCGGGCCCCGGACCGAGCCUGGGCCAGCGGGAGGGAAGCGGGUCUCCAUUGAAGGCCUCCCGGCUUCCAGGCGGCGGAUUUCGGGGCUAGACGAAGGGACGGGGAGAGCCCGGGGGAGGGGCGGGGGUUUUUUCUUUGUGCCUUCGCGGGAAGCGGCGGGAGGGGCACUCCCCCCCUUUCCGCCCUGACCCCACGCCCCAGGCCCGCUGCUCGGCCCGAAGAUGCUACCCCUGAAGAAGUACUUCACCGAGGGGCUGAUCCAGUUCACCAUCCUGCUGAGCCUGAUGGGCGUGCGGCUGGACGUCGACUCGUACCUGAACGCGCAGCUGCCCCCGCUGCGGGAGAUCAUCCUGGGCCAGAGCUCGGCCUACACCCAGACCCAGUUCCACAACUGGCGCAACAGCCUGGGCGGCUACGACCUUCACCCCAAGAGCGUGGACCUGGACUACUACUUCACGGCGCGCCGGCUGCUGCUCAACGACGUCCGCGGCCUCGACCGCCUGCUGGUGCCCAGCACCGAGCUCAGCGCCUGGCUGGUGCACGGCGGCCGGGAGGCCGACAGCUCGGUGGCGGCCUCGCAGCCCGCCCUGCCCUUGGACAACCCGGGCGGCGUGAACGAGGCGGCGGUGGCCGAGAGCAGCGGCAGGGACAAUGGCUCGCCCCCCGAGCAGCUAGAGGAGACCCUGGGGGCUGUCGGAUUGCCCAUGAGCAGCGAGCUGACCAAGGAGGACAUCGAUCUGAUUGACGUUCUCUGGAGACAAGACAUCGAUCUGGGCGCAGGGAGAGAGGUGUUUGACUACAGCUGCAGGCAGAAGGAGAGCGAGCGCGGAAAGGAGGAGCAGAAGCAGAGGAGUGACGAGGAGAGCGGAAAUGGGAGGGACGGUUUGCCGCAGAGCGCCGUUGCGGUGGACGGGGAGACCGGAGAACGCCUUCCCGUUCAGGUGCCGGACGUGGUCGAGCAGGCGUCCUCCUUUGAGGAGUGCCUGAGGCUCCUGGAGGAGACAUUCCCCUUCGCUGCUGAUUCUCAGUUUCCAGCUGCCGUGUCCUCGGAGCUGAAUGAAGCUUUAGAUAGCGCUCUGUCCAGUACCCGUGAGAGCCCGGCCACUUCCUCACAGACGGCCCUCCUGUCACCUUUGCGGCCGUCGGAGACUCCGUUAGACUUGGAGCAGCAGUGGCAGGACCUCAUGUCCCUUAUGGAACUCCAGGAUAUGGAAGUGGCCAAUGGAGGGGCAUCGUUCAGCGAUGACGCUGGCAGCAGCGUUUCUGACUUGUCCGUCGGCUACGACCAGCCGCCGGCCACCGCCAUCAAUCACGACGUCAGCCUUCACGACGCCACCUUGCCCUCGUGCGGCCAGGACUUCCAGCCCUUCUUCAACCCCACCCUGGAGAACGCUCCCGCGGGCCACAGCCCUCCCCCCGGCCUCCAGCGGCUGGCGUCCACCAACUCCACCAGCUUCGACGCCGCCUUCGGCUGCGCCAACUUCACCGGGCUGCUGUUCCCGCACGCCGCCAAUGGCACCAGCAACGAGACGGGGCCCUCGGUGAUGCCCGACUCCCUGUCCAGCCUGCUGGACGACGCCAUGCUGGACGAGAUCAGCCUGAUGGACCUGGCCAUGGAGGAAGGCUUCUGCCCGAUGGCUUCCCAGAUCGAAGAGGAGCUCGACUCCGACUCGGGCCUCUCCCUCGACUCGAGCCAGAGCCCAGUGUCCCCCAGCAGCUCGGAGUCGUCCUCGUCCUCCUCCUCCUCCUCCUCCUCCUCCCUGUCGUUCUCCGAGGAAGGGGCCGUGGGCUACAGCACCGAUUCGGAGGCAGCAGAUUCCGAGGAGGGGGAAGGGGCGGUGGGCGGCUACCAGCCCGAGUUCAGCAAGUUCUGCCGGAUGAGUUACCAGAAUCCCAGCUUUUACCGCUCCCUGCCGCACCUGGAUCCGGUCAACCACAACCACACCUACAACCUGCCCCCCGGGGCCUCCAUCUCCGGGCAGCAGCCGUACCCCACCCCGGGGAAGAAAGCGGCCUUGAAGGAAGCCCACCCGAGCCGCAUCGAUCUGCACCUGGGACGCGACGAGCGCAGGGCCCGGGUGCUGAAGAUCCCCUUCUCCAACGACAAGAUCAUCAACCUGCCCGUCGACGAGUUCAACGAGCUGCUGUCCAAGCACCACCUGACGGAGGCGCAGCUGACCCUGAUCCGCGACAUCCGGCGCCGUGGCAAGAACAAGCUGGCGGCCCAGAACUGCCGGAAGCGGAAGCUGGACACCAUCCUGAACCUGGACCAGGACGUGGAGCACCUGAAGAAGCAGCGGUCCCGGCUGCUGAAGGAGAACGGCGAGUUUGCCCGCUCGCUGCGGCAGAUGAAGCAGAAGCUGCAGGAGCUCUACCACGAGGUGUUCGCCUGCCUCCGCGACGAGGAGGGCCGCCCCUACUCCCCCAGCCAGUACUCCCUGCAGUACAGCAACGACGGCAGCAUGCUGGUCAUGCCUCGCGCCCUGACUGCCCAGCAAGGGAAGCCGGACAAGAAGAACAGCAAGAAGAAUAAAUACGAGUUGAAGUUUAUUAACUGUCGUCGUCGGGGAGAUAUCCCUUCUUUGUGUGAACUCUUACCGUACAGUCAGACUUUCUCCCUCUCUCUUUGUGCGGAAUCAGGCCCGUAUCCCCGAGCUGGGGGUUGGAGCUGAAGCGUAAAUAUAUAUGUGUAUGUAUGUAUGUGUGUGUGUGUGUGGGGGGGGGGGGUGUUGUGUUACUCGCUCUGAAUACUGAGCCGGGUGAAAAGUAGCGGCUGCCACAGCGACCUUUUAAAUGGGGCUCUUUAUUUCGCUUUGACACGCCAGCGUCCUGUCCCUCCCCAAUUUAUAAUCCUCAGCCCCCUCCCUUCAAUUACCUCGGUGUGCUCGGUAACAGGGGCUGGCGGGGAAGGGUGGGGGUGGGAGGGGUUGAUCAGACCCCACACGGGAGACCAGCGCGGCGCCGCCUGUCCGUCGCACCCGAAACCUGUGCGGGAUGGUCUUUUGAACUCGCCGGGACAGUUCCUCUCUCUCUCUCUCUCUCGACCUGGGAAGCCCCCGGGUCCAGCGGUCCCUGCAAGCGCCCCAAACCGGGGUCUCCCCCUAGUUGCAAUGGACAUCUUCUGUGUCUCGUCAAUUGCCCUUCGCUCUCCGCGGGGCGUAGCGGAUUUGGCCGUGGGAUCUCGUCCGCCGGAGCUGAUUUCUGCACAGUGGGAUCGCGACCCUGUCUCAGCGGGGUAUGAGGCUCACCGGCCACCCACACCUGGUUCAGCCCGCCUGACUGCUGCCCCGCCCCCCCCCCCGGAUUGGACGCGGCAAGCCCUUUCACCGAAGGCACUGCCCCUCCCUGGACACCCCAUACACUCCAGAACAGUGUGUAUCAGGACCGUAAGACCUACGGGCAGAAUUGGAACAUUUGCCCCAUCGAGUCUGCCACGUUACUACCCCACCACCCCCUCCCAAACCCGUUCUGCCGCCUCCUCCCCCUAACCUCUGACGGUGGGGUCUCCGGAGUGGGGGGGCGGUCGGUGUUGUGGUUGUAAAUCCCGCAGGAGCGGCCAAGGGAGUCCCAAGUUAAUUAUCGGUCACAGGGACUCCUCCCCGACUCGCUUGACCGACAAGUGGAGGAAAGGGUGGGUUCGGAUUAAAAUCUGUGGUUGGAUGCUGGGGGGGGGGGGGGGGAAAGACAGCCUUGUGUGCCGGGCUCCGGUCCGCCGGGGGGCUUCCCGCAGGUGAAAUCCCGGGCAGGCGCCGCGGUAAUUCGGCUGGGGCCCGGGACCUAAUAUCGCCGGCAGAUCAUUAACCCGUUAUUCGCCCGUGCACAAGAGGCAAACCCGAGUCCGCUUUCUCCAGUCUCCACCCGAGCUGGCGGGUUACGGAAGGGUCCCGCUUACUGAUACUUGAUAGCCGAGUUAGGGGGGAGGGUGGCGUAGGAGAGUGAAAUCCCGGUUCAGGCCCCGACCGGGCUCGCCCACUACUGCUCGGAAGGUAUCGCCGGUGAAUUUGGUCGCCCUUCACCAACCUGUCGCUGUGCGCUAACUCCUCACUGUCGGGCCCCUGCACAGUAACCAGUAACCUCCCUCCCGUUCGUCUGUCUGUUUUAAUUUAAGAUUUUUUUUCCUCUCUCGGAUGAUGCUGUCUCCCGCUCGUUUUCCUGUCAGAUUUUUUUUUCACAUCAUGAUGUUGCUUGUAACUAAGUGUCUGGAAUUAUUAUUUUUCAGGGAAUCUCUCCAUUCUGUUGUAUAUAUUUGCAUUUAUACGGAUACUAGCAGCAAACCAGGAUUGUUUGGGGGUGGGGGGAGAGAACUCAAUAAAUUAGUUAUAUUUUCA